UGCUGGGAGACGGCUAGAAAAACCAGUUAUAAGUUGGAAUACGGCCUUCGUAUAUCGCGAGGAGUAGCUGUAGGUGAUUGUGGCUAGAGAAAACCAUCUGCUAGCUCAUCUCGAGUCAUUAAGUGUCUGAGUUAUCGAUUUUGAAGUGCUUGCGUCCGUGUUUUCGUCAAUAGUGUGCUGAAUGUCGACUACCAUGUCGUGGAAAUAGAAUAAAAAAACAACUUCUAUGGCUGUUUGUGGUUAGAAGGUAAAUUGUACGUACUGUGUAAAAACAGAAUGAGUGAUGUGAAGCCGCUGUGAGUGGAUGGAGUUCCACCUGUCAUCUUACGAGAAGAGUUGGCUGGGGUCUAACUCAGGGACGCACCUGGCAGUCUGCAAUUAACAUCUGCAAGAGCCUCUGAGGGCCCCGCCAUGAGGAGAGGGGCUGUGAUUGGAUCCUGGUGGGGCGUCCUAUGCUCGCUCGUCGUGGCCGUCCAUGGUGGUUGCCAGUUCCCGAAACAAUGGUCAGGACACUGGUUCCAGUCUGGAGUGCCUCAUCUGCUCACUGUCAAUUCAACCUCCAUAGAAACCAAAGGAGAGUGUGUGGAGGGUCAGGGAGACAAGUUUAUAGUAGAGGACAGAGUGGACAGCUGUUACCGAUGCGUUGUUAUACACGAGAAGCACCCAAAUGUGUUACAGUACAAGGAGACAUACUGUGAUUCGAGAGAGAGUCUGGACCAUAUGUGUGGGCAGAUAACAGGCGACGCCAAUUUGUUCUCCAUGUUUCGGGCUGAACCAGCUGGUUUACCUGUCCCCUGCCCUUUUAAAGGUGCACCCUUCACCUUUACAUAUAACCGAGGAUCGGGGGAGUGCGGGAGCCCAGUGUCAAGGGUGGACUCUUGUACAGAUGAGUCUAAACUUCUGUUGAGGUAUCAGGCCUGCCCCGAUGUACAAGGCACAGAAAGUGCAGUGGAGGAGCUUGAAUGUCUAGCCACAUGGAAAGAUGGUUCUACACGCUACCUGGUGGGAAAACUGUACCAUAAGAUGGCUACAUCAGAUGAAGACCGGUACAGGUGUUUUGUAUAUGACCAACAGCACCAACACAGCCAUCACCAGGUUUACCAAGUGGCACAGUCUGGCGAUGCAACAUGCAAUGGGCUUCCCUCUGCUCUGGAGGGUUCUCGCACAAUGAAACUUACAACAAUUGAAAAUCAGCACAGCCGGUGUCGCUACCCUACAUUUAUCACUGACCAUCACCACUGGCAUACACUGGACCAUUCACAGUCUUUUGUGAUCCUUCAUAAGAAUACUACGCUGCGCAUCACCAGAGAGGAGGGAGGGCAGGAGAUGCGGGUAGUGUGUCACAAUGAAUACCACACGUCACACCAUCAAGUCACCGUAGUUGCCCAUGCCACGAGUGGGUGCAACAGUGGCUAUGUCUGCAUGGCAUUCUACAGGCGUGAGGGUCAUGUCAUUGAACUGCAGCAGAGCACUCUGUUUGUCCAAGUGCCAGAAGAGGCAUGCAGUCCUGCCAACUUUAAUCCAGCUACUCUACCAUACAUAACACUUAUAACUACAUCACUCCAUAAAAAGAGAUGUCCAUACUUGGGGCGCUACACCGUCAGUGGGCUGAGUGUCGAUGGACGGCAGGUGUCAGCUGCCCGUCGGAAGAGGAAAUGCAGUGAUGAACAAGGAGUGGUAGACAAUGCAGAUGUGGACAGCAAGGCAGAGUGUGGCAGUUAUGACUUUGAAUCUCUUGUUGUUGGAUGCUCAGAGAACUCGGAUACCAUGGAGUUCUACUCUUCGUGUGACACAGAAACUGUAUCUGCAUACUUUUGCCAUGGCAGCUGGGAAGACAAUGGAACCAGCUACUUGAUUGCAUCUCCUGUCAGUCGCAAGUCGGUUGGAGCCCGACGAUUCUGCUUCAUCUACACGCGCAGCGAUGGGGAAUCUAGCAUGGGGCUUUUGCAGCAAGCAGUUGGAAACAAGCGUAAUGGGGUGGGACCAGUGUCUGCUAUGCUGAGGCUGUCCAGUGUCACAGAAUCCUGCCAUCGAAAUAUCAACCCGGGGGUUACAGGUGCCUGGGCAUUCAAUCUCACAAUCAUUGGUCAGUGUGCGGAGGCAUCGACAAGUGCUGUGUCAAUGACGGCAAUUGCAUUUCCCUCCCUGUUCUUCGUCAUGACUCUUGCCGUAGUAGUAUCGAACAUGAGAUGAUGACGACGGCGAUAUCACAUGGGCAACAAGAACGCUCUGGGCCGCAGUCAAGACAUGUUCCGAAGUUCACCAAGCACCUGGUGGCUUAAUAGUGAAGGAUAUUUCUAAUUGGCUAGCCUAUGGCAGUGUUAAUUCUAAUGAAAACAGUGUGGUUACUGUGUAAAAAUUCUAAUUUGAGUUUGAGUAACUCUGCUACUAAGGCUUUCUGAUUAAGAUGGCUCAAUAGUAAGAUGUAUGUAACUCUAACAAAGGUGUAGGAUGGCUCAGUGAAAAAAUGUAGGCAUCUAAUGAGGGAAUGUUAAAUUGAUACAAUAUGACAUUUCUGGUUGGUGAGCGUUUGGAACAAAGAGGUGUGAAGAUUGAGUAAUUUCAAUCAGAAUAUUGAAUGGCUCAUUUGAAAGGGAGCAUAGGUGCCUAAGUGGUUUUGUCCAAGCUGUACAGUACAAUUUCUUACUGUAAUCACGAUUCCAGACAACGAGUGGACCUAGCCCCCGCUGUGGACAAUGGCGUUGACGAAGACUGCGUAACGGCUUGUCGAUUCCAAAGUCAUUGAUCAGUGGAAGUAUUUUCUGAACAUAUUAGACAUUGCAAUGUCUGUUGUUAGCAUUAGUUACAUUUAACAAGAUGUGUUGGAUCACACUGUUGGUAAUUUGGAUGCACACGUACUGUCAUUUGGUGAUUGUGUAUAGCAUGGAGGCAGCUUCCAGUUUACAGCCUUUUUGUUUGUUUGAGAUGGGAUUGGUGCAUCAUUUGGCCUUCGAAUUAUAUUGGGCAACAGAUGCAAUGUGCCCAUGGUCUUGAAGGGUACUGGAAUGAUGGGACAUGAGGCUGUGUGGAACAAGAUGUUGCAGAUGUAGCCUACAAACAGGUGAGGACAAAGGAAGUGUACUCAUCAUUGUGUUCCUUUAUUCUGUUAAGCACUUUUCCCACUGGCUAUUAGGUUCCAGUUACAUGUUAAUUUCACAGUAAGACAUUUUUUUGUAUAUUGUCAUUUUGAUGCAGAAGAGGUUUGUAGAUGUUCAUAUUCCCUCCAAGGCAUGCCAUGCUAAUGCUGGCAUAUUCGAACAUCUAAAAUUUGUGUGUACACAAUUUAUGAAUGGAAUAGUUGAAAAGGGAUGGGCCACAUGCGAGGGGAAGGUACAUUAUUAAUUAGUAUGGCACUGGAUAUUUUGUUUGCAUUCAGCUGUGUCGGUGAGAAUACUGGCACAAGGAAUAGAAAUAAACUAGGAACUUGGUUUUGUAUUAUCGUUGGAAAUUACAAUAGAAUUGGCAGCAUCAUUCUGCAAGUUUACACUUCUUCUGUGCAUAGUGUUGUAACCUUGUUUUCUGAUGAAAAAUAGUAUGCAGUUGUGUAACCAGAUUUGCAAAUUAAUAUACAACAUCCUUGAGUU